UGGCAAUAUAAGCAAACCCGUUUUGGUGGGUUGCUUCGCAUACGGUACUUCACCGUCGUACGGAAAAGCGCGAGCACAGCGAGCGCAGGAUCUGCGCCCUCCCUCGCCUGAGUUGUUCUUGCUUCUGAGUCAGGUCGUGGAGUCAACUUCCCAAGUGCUCGACACUCCGGAGGACGAAGCGAUGGAGCUGAUUGGUCUACCCGACUGGUUGCUGCUUGCGGCAACCGCGGUCAUACUGCUGUAUUUGUAUGUUGGGAGGCACCGGAACUACUGGAAGCAGCAGAAUAUUCCCCAAGAAGACUUCUCCUUGAUUAUUGGUCCGGCGACGCGCCUUAUUUUGCGGCCCUUUCACGAGAACGAUACUAGGCGUUACCAGAAGUUGGGCAGAGUUUUUGGCAUCUACGAGGGAUCGCAACCGACUCUGCUCGUCGGUGAACCAGAACUCGUGAAGCAGGUACUGGUGAAGGAUUUCCCGUUGCUGUGCAAUAGACGGCAGCUGAAGUUCUUCGACCCUCUUCUCGACAACAUGAUGUCCAUCGCCCCCGUGGAACGGUGGAGAAAGAUAAGGCCGUCGGCAAGCCCGGCGUUCACCACUGGGAAACUCCGCAGGAUGAACGAGAUGAUCCAAGCCUGCGCCGAAAUAACGUCAGAACACCUCAAGAACGCUGCUCAGCAGAAAAAAGACAUUGACAUCAAGCAGUUUUACAGUCACUACGCUCUGGAUGUCAUCGCAAGGUGCGCCUUCGGCACGAAGCUGGACUCUCACACCGACGCGACCAACGAAUUCGUGACAAAAGCAAGGAAAGCGUUCUCCGGUGGAAUUACUCUUCCUCUUGUGAUGUUCUUUCUGUUACCCGGCCUAAUGAAGGCCCUGCGAAUAAAGCCGCUCAACUCGGAUGCUUUUGAGUACUUCAAGGACGUUUCUCAGAGCAUUAUUCAAAAGAGGAAACAAAAACAAUGCCGCCAGGAAGACUUCCUGCAACUCAUGAUGGACGCUCGGGAGGGCGCCCUACAGGAAAGUGCCGAAUCUAACCCCGGCAAAGAGUCCUCGGAAAUCUUCAAUCUCGACUCCGAGAUCAAGAACGACAUUGCCUGCGUCUCUAAGGCAUUGUCUGAAGACGAAGCGUUGGCUCAAUGCGUGCUGUUCUUCCUCGCUGGUCAAGACACGACAUCUUCUGUCAUCUCGUUCGCCGUCUACUCGUUGGCACUGAACCCCGAAGUACAGGCCAAGCUUCGCAAGGAAGUCGACGAAUGCUUUGCUACGCAUGGAAAGGAGCCAAGCCUCGAUGCGAUUUCUAAGUUGCCAUAUUUGCAUUGCGUUGUGUCGGAGACCUUGAGGAUGUAUCCACCAGCUCCACGCCUCGAGAGGUCCGCCCUCGAAGACUACGUUCUCGGUGACUCGGGCAUCCGGGUACCCAAGGGUUGCGUCGUAGGAGUACCGGUGUACGCCAUGCAUUAUGACCCAGAGUUCUUCCCUAAUCCAGAGAAGUUCGACCCCGACAGGUUCAGCGAAGAAAACGUCGGUUCCAUACGUCCGUACACCUACCUGCCUUUCGGAGCCGGGCCCCGAAAUUGCAUAGGCAUGCGGUUCGCCUUGCAGGCUGUCAAGUUAUCGCUCCUCCAUUCUGUACACAGCGUGCAGUUCGUGCCCACGGAGAAAACAGACGUGCCGCUCAAAUUCGCCAUUGGCCUGGGCAUUCUGAAUACCAAGAACAUCACCGUGGGCAUCAGAGAAAGGCCCGAGCGAUGAUGUUGGACGAUUAUGUUACACGCGAAGUUAUCAUUGCAUUGUACAGUAUCAUCCGCAUGUACAGUUCUUUCAGCUAACUUAUUGCCUUGAUGCCUGUACAUAUCAUUUCAAAGGAAAACUUCUGUGUACAUAAAGUCACGCUUUGUUUCCUUUAACUGUGUUAUACAAUUUUUAAUAAACAUUGUUUUGCACCGAG